CAUUCUUUCCCUUCCUCUAUUCGCGGGCAACUGUCAAACAUCUUCCAUCUUCAUUAAUCAUUUCUAUCCGGCAAACAAACCCACCUCUUCGAUUUUUGGAUCACGUUCGCUACGCGCAACUUUCCCUCUUCACUAUCGUCGCGCCAACGGGCAGCAAAACUUCUUUCCCAACGCUUCUCCAGAAUUUGCAGCGACCCACGAACUGCCCUCGGGACUCGCAUACACGCGCGCCAUGGUCGCUGGGACCGCAGUCGCGCGUGGUAGCGCUGCGCGAAGCGCUCGUAAUGGACCUGGUCGUCGCGGAGGAGCUCGCGCUGAUCGGGAUGGAGAUGUCAGCAUGGAUGGCCCGGCUGGAGGACGUGGAAAGGUCGGGAAGAGCACAGCAAAGCCUACCAGACGUAGUGGAAGGAAUGGCGAUGCACCCAAUACCCAAGGCGGCAUUCUGAGUGCAACCGCGCAGCGGCACAUAUUGCGACAAGCCGCAAAUGGAGACGUCAACAUGAAGAUCGCGCGCACGAACCCUCGAUCUGGUCUCGUGGAGCUGAAGAUAACUGGUUGGGAGAAGAGUUCAUCCUCGACCAACAAGGACCGCGGAGUCAGUGCUCUAACAUCAUGGCUGGAGAAAAAGGCAAGCCGAAAGCUCGGCUCAAGUGCAGGAAGAAGAGAAGUCAGAAUUCGAAAGUCCCGUGUAGAGGGCGAUACCCUCCUCAUCAGCGUCCAGCCGGAAGAUUUACAAGUGCUCCUUCGCAUGGAUGGCUUCAGCUGGUCCGCGGUAACAAUCAACAUAAAACGCUCCGAUGGAAUCGUGGAUACUCAAAGUCAACCUUCGAGCGAGGCGGAGAAAACCAAGGCCAUGCUCCAAAGCGUUCUUGAGCGUCGCUAUGAUAUGGACGCGAAAUUUCUAGAUCUCAGCGCUCUCGGGCAGGAUGAGGAACUCAAAGCAUCAGCAAUCUUUGAUUCCAAAUCGACGACCAGUAAAUUCUUCCCGGCUUUGAUGCGAGUCUUGGAGCUUGCAUUUGAUAACAAGGCAGAGCGCGAUGCAGCAAUUCAAAGCGUCUCAUUGGCGCGCAACGAUCUCGAAAAUCUGACAAACGUCUCAACGUUAUCAGAGACACUACCUAAUCUACACAACCUCGACUUAUCUAACAAUAAUUUCGCCACGCUUGACUCGAUCAGUCUAUUCAGGAGACGAUUUCGCUACUUGAAGCACUUGAUCAUCUCUGCGAACCCACUGGAACAGAAUGAGCCCAACUACGCGGCAGAAAUUCUGAAAUGGUACUCAUCGCUCACUCAACUCAACAACAUCCAGGUUCGGACAGAAGAAGAAGCGGCUGCUCGUAAAAAGGUUUCACACAUGCCAUUUCCCAUUCGCGGGCCGCUAUUUCAGGAUGAGGGUGGUAUUGCGGAAUCUUUCAUCCGAAACUUUUUCGUCGGCAUCGACACUGAUCGCAACGCCCUCGCCACUAUCUUCUAUGACGACAAAUCAGAGUUCUCGUUUGCAGUUAACACCUCAGCACCUCGUGACCCUGCGGCAACCGAUCGACCCGCACCUCAAGAAUGGGAGCAAUACAUACAGAAGAGCCGAAAUCUCAAAAGGCUCAACCAACUACCCGCGCGCGCUAAACGCCAGUACAGCGGAGCAAAAGCUAUCGCGGACGUCUUGACCUCUCUCCCCGCUACCAAACAUCCCGAUCUUGCCACACAAGCCGCAAAAUGGCUCAUUGAGUCGCACAUCCAACCCAACAUCCCGGAUCCUAUCGGUCAGAGUCUCAUGGGUGUGGAUGGCUUCCAAAUCUCCGUGCAUGGUGAAUUUGAGGAGAUUUCCACGACAGCCGGGCAACCAGGCAAGCAGCGCAGCUUUGAUCAUGUUUUCAUUGUCGGCCCAGGCGGAUCCACUGGCGUCCGCAUUCAUUCCCACCAAUUUACCAUUCGUGCGUACGGAGGGUCUCAAGCUUACCAACCCGAAGACCUCGCUGCGUACGCCGCCAUCGUCGGCACCGCCAGCUUGCCUAACCCACAACCUCCUGUAUCGACGAUAGCAACUCCUGUUGCUGCCCCUGCUGCCGCUCCCGUUCCGUCUGGACCUCCCACGGGUAUGAAUGUGGAGUUAGCAGAACAAAUGCUUCUUGAACUGCAAAAGCAGACGCGCAUGACAAUGCAGUACGCUAAGGACUGCCUUGAGCAAGUUAAUUGGGACUUCACCAAAGCACUAGAGGUCUUUGGCAAUGUGCGCGCGAGUCUUCCGGCCGAGGCGUUCGUGGCAGCUGUCUAAUGUAUACCAUCAUGGGUUAGAGAUUGAAAGAAAAGAAUAAGAGCAAACGGAGUAGGGUCGAGCAACUGCUCUGAAAUUUACGGGGAAGGGAAACUCUUGUAUCACUAGAAUAAAAGACAAACUGUCGCACUUUCGCGAACGUCACGGUCAUCAACGGGCGAGGGAAUAACUCGAAAUAUGGAAUCAGAAAUCAAUUUCUUGGACGUCAGUG